AUGUGGAACUCGGUGGCUCUUGUCCUCUCUGGAUUCUCUGCUUUGAUUCACGUGUCGGUGCAGGGCCCUCACCAGAGGAGCCUGUUGAAGAACCUCCUGAAGGACUACAACCGGAUGGAGCGGCCGGUGGGCAACGACUCCCAGCCGCUCACCGUGAUCUUCUCCAUCAGCAUGGUGCAGAUCAUGGACGUGGAUGAGAAGAACCAGGUGCUGACCACUAACAUGUGGCUCCGGAUGAGUUGGUUCGACCAUUAUCUCCAGUGGAACCAAAGCGAGCACCCCGGGGUGAAAAACCUCCGCUUCACCACAGACCAGAUCUGGACCCCAGACAUCCUGCUCUACAACAGUGCAGAUGACGACUUUGACUCCACCUUCAAGACCAACGUCCUGGUGAACUCCAGCGGCUACGCCGAGUACCUGCCUCCAGGAAUCUUCAUGAGCACCUGUAACGUGGACGUUCGCUGGUUCCCCUUUGACAUCCAGAAGUGUGAGCUGAAGUUCGGCUCUUGGACGUACGACGGCUGGUUGCUGGACCUCCAGAUGAACGACGCUGACGUCUCGGGCUACAUGCCCAAUGGAGAGUGGGACUUGAUCGGAGUUCCCGGCACCAGGAACGAGGCCUUCUACGGUUGUUGCAAGGAGCCGUACCCGGAUGUGACGUUCAUCGUGACGAUACGCCGGCGGACGCUCUACUACGCCCUGAACCUGCUCAUUCCCUGUGUGCUGCUGUCUUCGAUGACGCUGCUCAUCUUUGUGCUGCCGGCUGACUCUGGGGAGAAGAUCUCACUGGGCAUCACUGUCUUACUGUCCCUGACGGUGUUCAUGUUGCUGGUUGCAGAGAUCAUGCCGGCCACAUCUGACUCCGUCCCUCUGAUCGGUCAGUACUUUGCCAGCAUCAUGAUCAUCGUUGGGAUGUCCGUCAUGGCCACCGUGGUGGUGCUGCAGUAUCACCACCACGACCCCAACGGAGGCAACAUGCCCAAAUGGGUGCAGCUGGUCUUGCUGCAGUGGGUCGCGUGGUUCUUGCGUAUGAAGCGACCGGGAGAGAGCGACGACCCGGAGCGGCCUCCGUGUGCCCCCCACUUGCGCCGAUGCUCUUCGGGCACGGCGAGCGGGAGCAUCCCGAAUCCCAAGGACCCCACCCUCCACCCACUGCACCCGCAGAACCUGGCUCCUCUGCACGCCGGGCAUCCUUACCUCCACAGCCAAUCGAGCGGCAACAACAACGGGAACCUUCUCUUCGUGGGCUACCAGAGCAUGGAGGACCCUUCCAUUAUCUCAGAGCCUCUCCAGAGGACCACCGUCUCCACAGGGCCUCCGCGGGUACCGGGUAGCUCGCCUCCUCAACUGCCAUCGCAGUUCUGCAGCUCUCCACCACCUCCCAGCCCCAAUGUGGAUAAUGCAGGGUGCCCCAGCACCGUCUCCAGUGGUGGGGGCUUUGGAGGAGGACCCGGGGGGCUUGGCGGGUGCUUGACUGCAGGGAUAGGAGACUCCCAGCUCCAGGCCAUCUUGGAGGAGGUGCGUUACAUGGCAGACCGCUUCCGGGAGCAGGACGAGGACGCGAGCGUGGCCGACCAGUGGAAGUUCGCCGCGGCUGUAAUCGACCGUCUGUGCUUGGUGGCGUUCAGCGUCUUCAACAUCAUAGGCACCAUCUCCAUCCUCAUGUCAGCUCCCAACUUCGUGGACGCCAUUUCCAAAGACUUUAUUUGAAAGCAAAGAGGAAAAAGGAGGCGGAGAAGCGCGGAGGAAAGGAUGACGGAGUUUAAAUCAGGGAUGAAGGAUGGAGUGGGCCCGGAUCCGAGGAAACACAAUGUCCCGCGUGACUGUCGGCUCGGUUCAUGGGGAUUGAAAGGACCUUGGAAACAGUACAACAAACAAAUGGUUUUCUUUGCUUUACAUUCUGUUUUGUAACCGAUGUAUAAGAAGAACAGACGAGGAGGAGAGCAGAGGGAAAUGAGGGGGAGCAGGGUGCUUGAUCAGAUUAUUGACAAGAUUAAAUGCAUUCUGGUGGUUAUUUCAAAGACUUUACCACAAAAAUGAGUAAAACGAAGGAAUCGCGGAGAGAAAAGGAAGAGAAGACUAUUAGUCCAGUAGGAAAGCUCUUAAAGCAAGAGAGGGAUUGAGAGUGAGAGGCAAAGGAGAUAGAUAGAGACAGAAAAGAAGACGUAUAUCUGUCUGUUUGGGGAAGACAGUUGAGAACGGACUGCAUCAUUUAAAGUGGUGGAAGGAAGAGGAAACAAAUCAUUUUUACAGACAAAGAACGAUGACCUCAUAGCUUGUGACAUUGUGAUGAGGAGAAACAGUUUGAUGCUCGGCUUUACCCAACUGGACAGAAGAUGGCGAAGCAGAGAGGAACUCAUCUAUUGUUCAAUCAUAUUCAUCUAAUGACCGUCAAAUUGAAAGACCUUGGGUAAUCUUUAAGCGGCUUUUAAAAGAUGAAGUGGCCUCCCUGCUUGAAGCAAACCACUUUACAUUUCCAAGUCCUUCUCUCUUUGAGGAGAUUCAAGACGCACCAAUCAGCAGAGAUCAAAAGCUCCCUCGCAGCGUUGUGCAGCGCUAAAAUCCCCUCCGGGAAUCUGAAUUAACCGGUCUGAAACCACGCAAUGCCAGUAACCGCACCGCAGUGGAGGCUUGAAGCACUAAUAACCACGAAGCAAUUACCUAACUGUAUCUGGCAGGUCCUAAUGGAUCAACUGGCCUCAUUGGAUCUCGUAUCAAAGGUUUAAUAACUGAAAUGGGAGGUCAGGACUUUAAAGAACACGAGAGGGACAAAAUAAAUAGUUCAGAAUCCACAAUUUUAUAAGGAGAAGCAACAUCCUAUCAGAUCCCUUCCAGAGCUUAUAGCUAUAAGGAUUUCACACAUAUCUAAAAUGACAAAUUAGAUUUGAAUGAAGCUGUAUUUUCCGAAAAUUGAGUCCAGUCAAUAAAGUGUUGAUUUAAAAGGUUUAAUACGUUUGGGUUUGAAUGUGUGCUGAAUGCAAGGUCAGCCUGACUUAGUUUAACUCAUGGAUGUCGGUCUAACACCAUUUUCAAUUUGCAGAGAAAUUUGAUUAUAUCAAAUUUCCGAUCUACUUUUAUUUACCACCUUUUAUGACCGUGUUUAAAUUAAUUCCCAUUGCACUACAUAGAGUGUCUUAACCCUAAUAGAGAGGAAUGUCUGUGGCAUGUCAAAUGUCUGCAACACAUCCCUCUAUUACAACGAGGGAGUCAAUAAAGGAGUGAUGUUGGGCCCGGCCCAUGAUUAUAAGAAAAAGAUGCGUCAUGAAAGUUCCCCUUUAACAACUUAACUCAGCAAAAGUUAUUGCUGCUUAAUGCUCGACGGAUUCCAAGAUCGUGUCACGUUGUCUUCAAUAUACUUUUUCAUGUGGAUACAGCGAGUGAAAAUAAAUGGAGAAAUAUCAGAGACAUUAUUCAGAGUUUUUCCUGUAAAAGCGGUAGAUCAAAUAGUCCGUCUGUGAUUCAUGCACAUGUACCCGCCCACGUAACACACACAUAACACAAGCGGUGAAUGUUUAGGCAUUAAAAUAUGGAUAACGUGUGUUUUCUUGCAUUUGAGAGACAAACACCGACCGCAAAGUACGCCGAGCUCACGAUUCACUGGAAGCAAAUACGUUAAAGUUGACCUUCACUUGGCCGAACGACUUUCAAGAGUCACUCGACAUAUCCCAUGAAACAAAUACAAUCUGCUAUAAAUUGUAUUUCAUUGUGAGAGUUGUCUCUAAUGCUUAAAAUCAGUCAUUUCCUGUUUUUCAGCAAACAUUUGCCCAACAGGAGUAAAUGGAGCAUCUUUUGGGGACUGCUCUAGUGAGUAUUUCCAUCAGCAGCACUGACUCUACAGACCUUUUCCUUUCACAUGCUGGCUUGGCUUGACACGGUUUGAGUUGGCACAGUCCAGACCGGCGGGGAUCUGCAUCUCCAUGACGACAGGGCCACCUGCCUGAAGCGGUGUAAGAACCGGGGUCAAAGUACGACGUGUUUUUAAUACUUUGAAAGAAAAUGAUGGCCGGUGGAAUAAGCGAUUACAGACGAUGGCUUUACAGAUAAUACUUGUUAGGAGUCGUAUUUUGGUAUUUUCCAGGGAUUUGAUGACAAUGAUAAAAGUAUAUAAUAUUGGCAGCAUUAUCCUGUAAAGUUCAUGAAUCUUUGCUUAAGCGCAUCCAACACUUAAGAUCCAACACUGUUUCUGUUGGCUUGACAUUUACUAUCCACACAGAGUAGAGACAGUUGUGCAAAUACUUCAUCUCUUCACCUCCAGUCAUCUUCUGUCAAGUCUCCCAGCAGGCGGGAAAAAUAAACUUCCUGCUGGGAGGUGUGCAGAAGGAUAUUCUGAUACCUAAACCCUGACAUCUGUACACUGCUCAUCCUGGAAAUAAAGCAUUCUCCCUCUUUUCCACCA